AUGUCUUGCUACGACCUAACCCCUGUCUCUGCCUGUGGUGUCACCUGCCCCCAGCCUCUGGCCAACAGCUGCAACGAGCCCUGUGUGCGCCAGUGCCCCGACUCCACAGCCUUCAUCCAGCCUCCUCCAGUCGUGGUCACCUUCCCCGGCCCCAUCCUCAGCUCCUUCCCUCAGGAUGCUGUGGUGGGAUCCUCUGGAGUGCCCAUCCUUGGAGGCUACGGGGGUUUUGGGGCCUCCCUUGGUUACAGGGGUGUGGCGGGCUAUGGCUCCUCCCUGGGCUAUGGGGGUCUGAAUGGAUAUGGGGGCUCCUCCCUGGGCUAUGGGGGCCUGGGGGGCUACGGGGGCUCCUCCCUGGGCUAUGGGGGCCUGGGGGGCUACAGGGGCUCCUCUCUGGGCUAUGGGGGCUCCUCCCUGGGUUACAGGGGCUUGUAUGACAGCUCGGGCCCCGCCAGCCUUUCCUCCUUCCGGUAUGGCAGGAACCGCCGUGGCAGCAGCUGUGGGCCCUGCUAA